ACCCACAUUUUGUAUUAGCUACCUUUCAUGUAUGGCUAUAUGUUGUUCAUGUUCUUCUAUACCUGAAUUUUCUCUCCCCCUACAGACAUUUAACCAUUAUCCCCUGAACAUUCAACUGACUGAAGCACUGCUCGUGACAAGUCGCCAUGGUCCGUCUAACCAUGGACCUAAUUGCAAAAUCUCACAACCAUUUGAAGAAAAAGAGAAACUUCUCAAUUUCUCAGUAUCUCAAAAAACUAACUCACUUGAACUUUUCCAACAAGAAUAUAGAGGGCAUUGACGAUCUCUCCAUGUGCAGAAACCUCACAGUCCUCUACCUGUAUGACAACCAGAUCACCAGUAUCUGCAACCUAAACUUUGCCACCAACCUCACCCACCUGUACAUGCAGAACAACAACAUCACUCGCAUCGAGAACCUCUUCUCCCUGCAGAACCUCUCCAAACUGUAUUUGGGUGGGAACAGCAUCACGGUAGUGGAGGGUUUGGAGGAGCUUGGGGAGUUGAAGGAGCUGCAUAUCGAAGGCCAGAAACUUCCACUAGGAGAGAAGCUGCUCUUUGACCCCAGGACUCUCCUCUCCCUAGCUGUAAGAGCCAGACGAGACUGUAUGGGAGCGGGUUAA